AUGGCGACGCGUUCCUCAAACAUGGGCCCUGGUCCCACAGAGGCCAUAAUGGAAGCUCAUGCGUUAGUAACACAACUUUAUGAUCCCGCAAACCAGCGCAACCCAACCAGAAUCAAUGAAAUUCAAACCCGGUUACAACAAUUACAGAAAGGCGAGCAUGCAUGGGAAAUUGCAGACUCUCUAUUACACGAGAAUUCCACCCAUCAUCGUUUCAUGGGAGCUCUUACCUUUACGGUGAAGAUCAAUGUUUCUGGUGGUGAAAUUGGAGAGCCAAUGACCUGGCAAAUUCUGGAACGUCUUGUCAAUCACUUCAUCACAAUUGUGAAUGAAGGUGAACAAGCUAUGGUAGUCAGGAAACUUGCUUCGAGUCUUGUUGCAGUCUUCCGGAAUUCUGCAAGCUCCUGGAAAAGAGCCAUCUGGCAACUAGCCGCAAGUCUUGCGCAUGGUGGAUACGUCGCCGAGUCAGAUUCGCAGACAGUAGACUUCGUGAAUGGAGUCUUACCUGUUCUGAAUACCCAGAAAGCUAUAGCACUGGUUUUCUUUUCGGUCGCAUUGGCUGAGGAAGCUUUGCGUCUAGAGGCUGAACCUCAGGAUUUGGUUGGCUCAGUCAUUGAGCGAGUAGUGGAAAAUAUUGGCGAUGCUUUCUUGCUCGUCCAAUACAUCAUACGGCAGAUCGCAUACCAUGCAUCUGAAGCUGGCAGCGAAUCUAUGGAAUCCACUUUAGGUAAUGAAGCUAUGGGCUCAUGGAAGACCUGGCUCAGUGUCUAUGGUAACCAUCGCCAUUCCGGGGACAAGCAAACCCAAACUCUUGCAGUUUCAUGUGGCCAGGAUAUAAUAGAGGCACUCAGGUUGCCAACAUUCAACGAAAGCGCAGCAACUGUGCUAACUUCAGCCCUUGAGACCCGCUCCUGGGCCUUUGAUAGUCACUCUAUCUUCACCAUGUCGCAGAUUCUUUCCGACUCGAUUGUCACAAAACACUUGAUCGCAAUCGCUGACGAGAACGAGGAUACCGACAGCAUGACGUUUGUUGAUCUUCUUGUGGCAUAUGUCUCCCACGUGAACUUUGAUCUCUUCAGUGACCCAAUGAAGCCCCAGAACACUCAAAUACUUGCCAUCUUGCACAAUAUCUUCAAAACACCAGGCUACGCCGCCAUUGAUGAAUCAGCCACAACCCGGGCCUUGGAGUACUGGGGCGAGAUUGCCGAAUGCCUCCCAGACAAGCUAGAAUCUACCGAUUCAAGAUACCAAAUAGUUAAGGCACAAAUGGCCCAAGUCGUUCUAGGCAUGUUCAAUAAACUGCUGUAUCCAAGUCCCAGUGAUCUGGCUGACUGGGGUGAUGAUGAACGGAGCGAGUUUAAUGCGUUCCGCCAUGAAGCCUGUGACUAUCUCCUGUCGGCAUAUCCGAUUCUGGGCGUGGAACUUGUCAGCGUUUUCCAAGAAAGUGCUACCACUCAUCUUGAAAAGCUUGAUUGGCGAGGCUUCGAAGCCGCUAUGUUCUGCCUUGCUCAGCUAUCCGAGGCGGUCGAUGAAAAUGGCCAUGCAGAUCAGUGCUUGGACUCCAUUUUUGGAAGUAAUGCCUUUGCACAACUGUGCCUUGGUGGAGAGACCGGAAUUCCGCUCAAGGCACGCCAAACACUUGUUGACUCGUUCGGUAAAUACGAGUCAUACUUUGAACGCCACAGCUUCCUCUUGCCCAGUGUUCUGAAUAUCCUAUUUGAAUCCCUGAAUUUUGAGUCUUGUGCCCAGCCGGCUUCGCGGUCUAUUUUGACACUUUCAAAGUCAUGCUCUCGAAUGCUGACUACAGAACUCCCUACCUUCCUUGAUCGAUUAGAUCAAUUCCGAACCAAACCGACGGCAACCGUAUCUACUAUGCCCCGAGUUCUCGAGGGAAUUGCAACAAUCAUACAGAAGUUGGACUCAGACCAACAAAAAGUCCAAACCCUAGAGAGGAUUCUGGGAUUUUUCGUCCAAGAGGCCAAUAAAGCCCGUGAAGAAGCAGCUGGCUCUGCAUACGAUAUCGCUCGGGUCCACGGCCAUCUUGUCUUAAGUUGCAUUGCCAGUCUGGGUAGGGGUCUGAGGUCUGAGGGAGAAGACGUAAUCAACGUCGAUGCUGCAGAAGAGCAAAAUCCAUAUCCACCAUCAUUCUGGAAUGUGGGCCCUGGAGCCCCGUCGCAACAGCUCAUCAUGGAGGCGAUGCGACUCCUUAUCGUGGAUUUCCCUGUUGACAGCGGUAUCAUCGACUCAGCUUGCGAUAUUCUCAAAGCUGGCUAUACUGAGUCAUCCGGUCUAUUCGUUUUUCCUCCGUCAUUGACAGUCGACUUCAUCAAAAGCUUCCCACUGGGGAUCUCGGGCACAGAUGUCAUCAUGGCCACGGCAUCUUCGUUCCUAGCGUCUCAUGGCUCUCAUGCCAUGCAAAUUCGAGACCAGGCCGUGGAACUGAUUAUCCACGUGGCACAAUUAUUCGCUUCGAUGCUUGACAACCCCGACAUUUAUGAUCCUGAAACUGCCAAUGCCGGCAUUGAUUUCCUUGCACGCCUUUUGCCCAAAUACUACGCUAUUCUGUUCUCCCUCACUGAGCCACUCCCUUCCGCCGUUGGUCCCGUAUCACAAGGCACGCCAACCUUUGCCCUUUUACUCAACUUUAGUCUCCACGCCUUAACCCGGCCAGAACCUCUCGUCCUUCGUUCUGGAACAGCCUUCUGGAUAGCCAUGAUGGACCUGCGCGGUGGAUCUUCUGAAGAGACCGUGGCUCUUGAUCAAGUUCUCGAGCGUUUCAUCCCAUCUUUAUGUGAAACAUUGGUGAGGCAAAUUGCAGGUCGCUGUGCACGGUCUGACUUGACUUUCCUGAACGAUGUGCUUCGGCGAACCGUUUUCAAGAAAAUGGCACUCGCAAGGCCAAGCCUUACCACUGCUCUCAGCGCCCUGGAUGCACAGGUCACCGAUGCAAAUGGGCAACAAACAACAGUCCUCUCAGCGCAGGACAAGUCUCGGUUCUUGGAAUCUCUAGUUGUUGCUAGAGGGGCGAAAUCGCCUUCGCUAGAGAUUGUGCGGUCUCUUUGGUUGAAGUGCCGUGGAAUGGCCUUCGAUUAUGCUCAGUAA